UCUCUGGCCGCAGCCUCCGGAGGGGGACAGGGAUGGAGUCCAAGGUGUCCCCUCCUGCCCUCCCUCCCGAGGUGGCCACGGCGGAGGCCGCACGGCACAGGGCCCUGGCGGCCCUGGUGGCCCUGGCCGAGGCCUUGGGGACACCGGACAGCGUCCCUGUGGCUCUGGCCGAGGCCGAGGCCGCACUGAGGCAGGCCCAGGGGGCCCUGAAGGGGCUGGAGGCAGCCCGGGAGGCCGCAGUGGCCCCAGCGGUGGCCCUGGGGACCCUGGGGGACGAGGACGAGCAGCGGCUGCGGCAUCUCGUGGCCAAGGCUGAGGAGGCAGCGGCGGCACUGGGACGCGAGGAGGGACGGGCACGGCAGUGGCAGCGCUGGCUACGGGCUUGGCACGGGGUCACCAUGGGGCUGAUGGUGCUGUGCGCGGCCGUGCUGUCCCUGGACUCAGCUCGCACUGCCCUGGGGGUGACUGACGAUGGUCACCUGCUGCUGGCCCUGACUGUGGUGGCCGUGUCCUGCGAGGUAGCCCUGCGGGGUUUGGGGACAUCGCGGCGUCACCUGGCCAAUGCUGCAGGCCACCAGCGGGACAUGGCCCUGCGCCUGCAUGACCGUGCCCAGCAGGUGGCGGCCAACAGGGCCAGUGCCGAGGCCGCCACAGCCACCAACAGGGCCACCGCGGAUGCACUGGGGCAGCUGGAGAAGGUGACGCGGGCACUGAAGGAGUUGGUGGAGGCUGUCAACCAGGAUAGGGAGGAGACGCCGUGGGGAACACGGAGACAGGGCUUCCCCAGCGCUGCCAAGGAGCUUGGGCGCAUCGUAGGGAGGUGGAGGGAGGUGGACAAGGAGGUGGCACAGAGGCUGGAGGCGGCCCAUAGAGGGCUGGUGGGGCAGGGGUAGGGAUGGGCUAGGGACAUGGGGGUGGCAUUGUCACCGCUGGGGCACGGGGACACCCUGAGGGACAUUGGGGACCUUGGGGACAUCCCCGUGUCCUUCCCUUGGGGACCCCCAGGCCACCCUGACAUCCCCUGUCCUGUUUUGGGGCACCACAAUGUCCCUGAUGUCCCCACAGUGACCAAAACAGGAUCCCAGUGUCCCCUAGUGUCCCCAGCAGGACAUCAGGAGACAUUUGCACCCUGCUGGGGACAUGGGGGGGGCAUCAAGGCCUGUUGGGGACACUCAGGGGACAUCAGGGUCCCGCUGGGGACACCGGGAGGAUAUUUGGGCUCUGUUGGGGGCCCUGAGGGAAUGUUGGGGACAUUGGGCUCCUGUUGGGGACAUCAGGGAAGACAUUGAGGCCCUGUUGCGGACACUGAGGGGAUACUGGGGGUCUCUUGGGGGACAACAGGGCCCUGUUGGGGACACUGAGGGGACAUCAGGGUCCUGUUGGAGAUACUCAGGGGACACUGGGGCCAUGUGGGGACCCUGAGGGGACAUCGGGGUGCCGUGGGGGCCAUCAGGGGGACA